AAGAAAAAAAAAAAAAGUGGAAAAGGUUUGAUUUGAGGUUUGAAGACGAAACCUCCUCUUCCUCAAUCUUCCCUGAUAUGCUCAUUCUCUUCAGGUUCGUACUCCGUUUCCUCUACCGAUCAUUUUCGAAAGCCAUGGGUUGCUUCUUUGGUUGUUUCAGGAUCAGAGACGAUCGCCGCCUCCCUACUUCUCAGCUUGUUGCCGAUCGUUCCCGUUCCCAAAUCUGCUCAGGAUGCCUUGGUAUCUCGAAAUCGUCUAUCGUCAUUGUUUUUAUCCGAAGUCUCCAGGCUAAGUUUCUUAAAGCAUGCGGUACGUUAGCCGGGACCCCUGCUGAAAUCCGGAAAGCAUCUGGGAAACUGAAAUCGUCACCUUCUUGUAGCAAGGAAUCUGAAUCUUCACGGUUUCAUUCUUGGCUUCCUAAUGCUCCUGUCGUGAAGCUCCAGAUGGAUGCUCAGCCUUUUGAUCCCCCAACUCCCAUAAAACCUGGUGAAGAAUGGCGAGAUGGCAGGGAUUCUUUAGACCGCACUCCAAGCAGCUGUAUCUCCAAUGCACAAUACACCCAAAGUGACUCUGUUGACUCAGCUGAAGGAAGUGGAGCAAGAAUCCUUUAUUCUGUCGGCAAGACUUGUGAUAAUCGAUCUGAAAAAAGUGCAGCUUCAGUUUCGCCUUGGCCAACGGUGGCAGACAUUCAGAGGAAGAACAAGUCUGUACGUUUUGAAUGCGAUGCUGAUUCUUCCUGUGGGAGUUCUUCUGAAUAUGGUGGAGGUCAUACGAAGAAAUCAGGGUCACCAAACAAUCAGAGUGCACACAAACCAUCACCUUAUGCAACCCCAAGGAAACUAUCUGAUGAAAUGCAAACACCUGGAACCGUGUACCCUGCAACUAUAGAAGAUUUUCCUAAUGGCAAGCCUCGGGUUAGGUCCCAGUUUGUGUAUUCAUUUCACGGAACAAGUGAGAACGUCUCUCAGUGCAAAGUGCUUGAGGAUGAAGAAGAUUUAAACUCUGAGCAAGAUUCAAGUGAUAUGAGAUCUCAUGAGCCGCCUCAAAAUGCAACUCCAACAACAGAGCAGUCAAAGCAACACUCAUCUGAAAAUGAAUCUAAAGUGGAAGAAAGUUUAUCUGCUUGGUUGAAGCCGGCAGCAGUCAUUGAGGAAGAGAGAAGGAAGAGAAUGGAGGCAGCUUAUAGUCAAAUUCCUAAUUCUCGUAAAACUCCUGCAGAUAGGCCUAUCAUUGGGAUGGUUGCAGCUCACUGGAACGAAGAAGAGGAAUCUGAUGUUCCUCCCCCAAAGUGGUGGGAUGGCAAGGGCAUACCAAAUUCAACGAACAAGUACAAGGAAGAUCAGAAAGUAAGUUGGCAUGCAACACCCUUUGAAGAGAGGUUGGAGAAGGCGCUGUCUGAGGACAGCGUUGUGCCUCAAAGGAAGGAUGUAUGUGGAAAGCCCAUUGCUUUUGAUGACAAUGAAGAAAGUGAUACAGCUCUAUCUCAGAUGCAAACCUCAAGUCAUCCACAAUCUGUGGUAACAUUCUGAUAAAUGUAAUCAGCUGCUCAUUCUCCUUUGUGCUGUAGUCUGCCUUAAGUGAUUGGUUGGUUUGUAACGUGGGUGAUAGCAGAAAUUGAAUCACCAAUCCGAUUAUAAACAGCUUUUGGUGGUAAGGCAGGCUGGCUAACAAGCGUGACAGCGCUUGCGUUGUACAAAAGUAAUGGGUAUUGGGUUAUCGGAACUCAUGUUCCGUGGACUUUUAUUAAUUUAUUGUGCAAAGCACAUCAAUUUAUUAUGUUCUUAUUCAA